AUAAAAUCUGCUAUCACGAACAAAAAUGGAUCAUUGCUGGCACGAUUUCUUCGCUGUACAGACCCUCACAUGCGGAAUAAUCGGUUAGCUAAUCCUCAGCCUGAGAAUAUUGUCAUGAAUCAUGUACCACCUCCAUGGGAUGAAGCCAUAUCCGCUCACUUAAGGGGCAUCUGGACCCUAAAUAAAGAAGACUAUGAGGAGGCAUAUGCUUGUCAAGCCAUAAUAUUAACAGAUUUAAAGGAUGACAACUGGGUACUUCCCGCAGUAAUUGCCGUUGCUGUUGAUUUACGUCGUUUUUCGCAAGCACUUGAUAUACGGUCUGAGGCAAAGCAUGCAUACGGCGGAAGAAUGGAGAAGACUGCUCAACUUAUUCUUAAGCUAUUUCAAAUAUGUGCCAGUGACAGUCGGACACAACUUGAGGACUCCAAGAAGCUUGGUAUGAUGGGUCUUGCGAAUCAGCUCUUCAAGAUAUAUUUUCAAAUUAAUCGAUUGAACUUAUGCAAGCCAAUGAUCAGAGCACUUGAAAAUAUGGAUAUGAAUGAACACUUUUCUUUGGCGCAGCGCGUCACUUAUUGUUAUUAUGUUGGCCGAAAAGCAAUGUUUGACGGGGAAUUUUCUGCAGCAAACAGAUCUCUUACAUUUGCCUUCGAGCAUUGUUUUCCCUCAAGGCGCAACAACAAACGCCUCAUUUUAAUAUACCUUAUACCUGUUAGAAUGCUGCUGGGUACUCUACCAAAUGCAGCUCUUCUUUAUAAAUACAACUUAAAGGAAUUCUUGGGGAUAGUCGAAGCUGUGAAAUCAGGAAAUCUCAAGAAGUUGAAUGACGAGCUCGAACGUUUUGAGCCCUUCUUCAUUAACUCUGGUGUCUAUCUUAUGCUCGAAAAGCUUAAAAGCAUCACUUAUCGGAAUCUCUUUAAGAGAGUGUAA